AGUUCCUCUCGGUCAGCUGCAUCCCGCCUUCGAUGAAACAUGGCGGUUCCACGGUGUAACAUUUUCAUAACUGGAUGUAAUCGAGGACUAGGCUUGGAGUUCGUCAAGCAAUUUCUGCGCUCCAAAAACCCUCCCGAGCAUCUGAUCGCAACAUGUCGAUCUUUGGCAGCAGAGAGUGCCAGCGAAUUAAAGAAACUCGCGGCAGAAAACCAGAAUUUGCACUUGUUGGAACUCGAGGUUACAGACUUUCAAGCAAUCCAGCGUUGUGCAGAGCAAACAAGGGAGAUUGUACAGGACAAAGGGCUACACAUACUUAUGAAUAACGCUGGAAUUAUAGACCGUGCCGGUUUAUUAGAUGUAACAGAGGAACAGAUGAUUCGGGUUUUCAAGGCAAACACCGUUGCACCUCUGCAAAUUGUACAAGCCUUCCUACCCCUGUUGAAACAAGGAGGGAAAACGGCCUCUUUCCAAGACCAGGCACCAAAGUUCCCGAAGGCUUUAAUCGUUCAGAUGUCCUCAAAGAUCGCCUCCAUCCAGGACAACGGAUCAGGGGGUCGUUACCCAUACCGUGCCAGUAAAUCAGCCCUGAAUAUCAUCUCCAAAUCUAUGUCUGUAGACUUGAAGGGAGAUGGCAUAUCAGUGGUCAUGCUUCAUCCGGGAUGGGUCCAAACAGACAUGGGGGGACCCAAUGCCUUGACAGCAACAGAAGAGAGUGUUGCCGGAAUGAUGUCUGUCCUAGCCAACUUUGAUGAGAGUAAAAAUGGAAUGUUCAUAGAUUUUAGGGGUAACAUUGUUCCUUGGUAGAAUUACCAUAGAACUUUUAUGAUACUAGGCUGAUGUGAACUAUUAUACUAGGCUGUUUAUUGAAUACUAUGUAAGUUUUUGUCAAAUCGUAAUUGUUUAUAUGAGUAAAUGAAUGCAGUGUUUAGUAAAUGAUUGCAAGAAUUUAGGGUUAUUAGCACUGUUCCUUGGUGGAAAUGCCACUAAACUAUGAAACCCCAUGAUAUGCAAUUAAACAAUGCCCAAGAUAA